UCACCUGCCUAAAGCUACCCGUAACUUUUAUGUUGAUGGACACAAACCUAAACCUCAUUAAGGUUGUUAAAGUGCAAGGAAUCUGGACAUGAGUGACCUAUAUUUAUAUUUUAAGUUAGAAUGUUAAAAGGACUAUAUUUGUAUACCAGUAGUUAGUGCCGUACCAUGGGAUACGUAGAAGAUGCAGUAGUUUCCUCCACUCGAGCUGUAGAGUUUGACCAAGCGGGACAGCUGGAAGUGGCUAGUUAUUACUACAAGAAGGCGGCAAGGUUAUUGGAGCUUGCGUAUAAACUUGCUCCAGACACAGACGAGAAGUCUGCCUGGUGGAGGAAGGCGCAGGAAUACCGUGGCCGUGCUGACUCGUUGGACAAAAAACGGCUGGAGGAGGGUAGUCAGCAGACCCAGAGUGUGGAGCAGCAGAAGCUGCAGCGAUGCAGAUUUUUGCUGAGUCACGCUCUAGAUGCUGAUGAAGCCGGGGACAAGGCCUCCGCCAUUAAGCUGUACACACAAGCCGUCGAGUUCAGCUUGACAGCACGUAAUGAAACAUCAGACAAUGAAGUACAUCAGAAGUUGACGGCUCUUGCGAGACAAGCGCUCGAGCGAGCAGAGGACCUAAAGGGUAUUCGGCAGACUCAGACGUUGUCCUCUGUUCACGAGUCUGACACUAGCAGUCAGGAACCUCCCCCCACUCCUGCCUCUAGCUCUGCCAAGGAUGGGAGUAGAAACACACUCCCUCGUAACACCAACACUGUACGCCCGGCUCUCCACCGAGGCAGCAGUGCUCAUCUCAAGGUCAGUGGCAAGGACACUUACUCGGAGGAAGAGAAGAGAGUUCUCCUGGCUACCUCUAACAUCAACAACUUGGAGUACGUUCCCUUCAUGAGCGUUGACCUGUCCGAGAGGUUCCAGUAUGCGAUUCCUUUCACUGACAAAGAUGGUCCUUUGGCAUUAUCGGCCAAGCAGAGACGAGACUUUGCUCGCUGGGCUCGUCCUGAUGAGUUCAGUUCAGACCCUCGUAUGGUACAGGGCGACCACGUUGACUGCUUCAGCAUCAAACAAACAGUGGUGUCUGACUGCUCGUUUGUGGCGUCGCUGGCCGUCAGUGCUCUGUAUGAGAAGAGGUUUGGCCGCAGACUUGUAACAUCCAUUAUCUACCCUCGUAACCGCAGCAAGGAACCAAUUUACAACCCUUUUGGCAAGUACAUGGUCAAGCUGCACCUGAACGGAGUGCCUCGCAAGGUGAUCAUUGAUGACCAACUGCCGCUGGGACGCUACGGAGAGCUGCUCUGUUCAUACUCCACCAACAAGAACGAGCUGUGGAUCUCCCUGCUGGAGAAGGCGUACAUGAAGGUGAUGGGAGGCUACGACUUUCCUGGCUCCAACAGUAACAUAGAUCUACAUGCUCUGACUGGUUGGAUCCCGGAACGUUCAGCUAUCAGACAAGGGGAAGCGGACUUUAACGCUGAUGCACUGUUUAACAACCUGCUGACUCGCCUACACAAGGGAGAUGUGCUGAUCACUGUUGCCACAGGACAGAUGUCAGAUGCUGAUGCUGAUCGUACAGGACUCGUCCCUACACACGCCUACGCUGUGCUGGACAUCAGACUAGUUCAGGGUAAACGCUUGAUGAAGUUGAAAAAUCCUUGGUCGCACGUAAGAUGGAGAGGGAACUACUCUGAACUCGACACAGUUCACUGGACAUCAGAAAUGAAGAAGGCACUGGACUACGAUCCAAACAGUGCAGCAAUGUUUGACAACGGAGUGUUCUGGAUUGACUAUGACAGCAUUCUAAAGUUCUACGAUGUUUUCUACCUCAACUGGAAUCCUGGUCUUUUUCAAUACACUUACUGCAUUCAUCAGUCGUGGCAGGCUGGAGUAGGGCCAGUGAAAGACGCUUACAAUAUUGGGGACAAUCCCCAGUUUAGUCUAGAGGUAGGCGCCAACACAGGGGCUGUGUGGGUACUGUUGACUCGUCAUAUCACCAAAAUUGACGACUUUAGAGAGAACACUGAAUAUAUCACAGUCCUAGUCUACAAAAAUGAAGGAAACAAAGUCUACUAUCCUAACGAUCCGCCGCCGUACAUUGACGGUGUCCGGAUCAACAGUCCGCACUAUCUGUGUAAGAUCAUCUUGUCUGACAGCAGUCCUCGACGCUACACUCUCGUCGUAUCACAGUAUGAGAAGAUGCACACUAUCUACUACACUCUCCGGGCCUACGCUACUUGUCCCUUCACUCUCUCAAAGAUACAGAAUCCAUACAGGCAUUCUGAAGAGAUAACAGAUGGACAAUGGAAGGGUGUGACGGCUGGGGGAUGUCGCAACCACCCGGCCACUUACCCCUUCAACCCUCGCUACCGCAUCACCCUAGACACUAUGGAGACCUGUAAUCAGCUGGCCUUUGACCUGAAAGGUCCCAAGCAAUACCAGAUAGGCCUGGAGGUCACUAUAGUGUCGUUAACUGACGAGACGGUCACGGCACCGUUCAAGACCAAGUCUUCUGGUCCUUACAGGUCUGGCUUUGUUAUCCUGGAGCUCCGGGAUGUUCCCUCAGGAAUUUACGAGGUUGUCCCCUCCACCUUCUACCCGCAGCAGGAAGGCCCGUUCUUCCUGUCCGUCAAGUCGUCUUGUCGCUUCCAAGUUACCAGGGUCAACUAAUGCAAGUUUUUAGAGCUUUUGGACAUUACUUUAGUUUUAUUUGUGGGCGAGCUGAAUUUGGUAGCUUGCACACUUUUUGUUAACAUUAUAUACACCACUAUAUGACUGUAUGUUACAUUGGACGACACUAAAACAUUGUUAGCAAAAAGCUAGAGGCAUUACUGUGAGUUCUUGAUAAGAAAAUAUGUUUUUUAAAAAGCUAUACAUAUUUGUCCAAAUUAUUGUAUUUUGGACUGGCAAUUAGGCCUAAUUUUUAUUACUAUUCUAUUCAUCAAUCCAUAUAAAAUGUUACUGACUGUUAUUUUGUGUAAAUCAAAAGGAUAAGAAAUUUUCUUAAAAAAUAUUGUUAUUGUUAUCUCUUUAAAAAUUAGUUUUGUAAUGUUUGUAAUAUAGUAUUUUAAACUAUGUUAAGUAACUACUGCAUCUAAGUUAUCGUGACAAAGCUUGGGUACUAUUUUUGUAAAUAGGUCAAAUGAAAUAAAUUUAAAUCAUGAAUUAUUGUACA